AGUUGGGGUAAAACGUAGAAAUUGAAGAAACACAAGGGUAUAACGUAGAAAUUUUUUUUAUUUUUUUUAUUUUUUUUAUUUUUUUUAAGGAUAUCAAACUUGAAACUUAUAACUUUUUAUAUGAAUGGGAAGCAUAAACCCUCAGGAAUUUCUCUCCGCUUUCAUUUCAACUUGGUCUUCAACCCCCACUUUCAUCAAUAAUAACCUCAAUUUAUACUUAAAUUACUUCUUUCUCUCUGAUUUUAUGCUUAAACAAACUCGUCGAUGCUAACCUUUAAUUCUCAUCACCUCUAAUUCUCAUCAACAUUUCCACACAUUUCCUUCUUCAAUUAUACGUGGAUUUUUGUAGGAUUUGUUGGCUACUUGGAGGAGGAAGUACACAUGCUCUGACGAAUUCUACUUUUGCAAUGGCCUCCUUCGAGUGUUUGUUACUGCUCAUAUGUUUUUUUGCGCAACUUUCUUUCUCUUUCUCGGGGAAUAUCAAUUCACUAGAUUCGGUUCCUGAUCUUGAGAGGUCAAUGUAUAAAGUAGUUGAUGGAUAUCCAUGUGUGAGACUUUUGAAUCUUUCUGGAGAGAUUGGCUGUGCUAAUCCUGGACGGGAAAAAGUUGUUGCUCCUGUUGUAAGGUAUCGUGAUGCUGGCAUGAUAAAUCACUUGUCUACUGUUCUACUUUCGGUGGAUGAAGUGCGGAGCUUCUUCAAUCGAGUAGCAACAGAUCCUGAUUUUGGAAGGUAUAUUGGUGGUGUUUUGAUUGGGGCAGAAAACAAUCAAGAUAAGUUAAAAGGAUUUUCUCCAGACGAGAAAUUUCCUCAAUCAAAAUUUUCCCCUUAUGAAAAUAUUACUUAUGAAUGGAAUCCUAAUGGAUCAGGCAUCAUGUGGCAGCGCUACAAUUUCCCUGUAUUUUUACUGUCCAAUAACAGUACGUUAUUUUUAAACGAGGUUGCUGCUAAGAACGAAAAGAUUACUAGGUCAUACAGUCAGGAUGUUGCUGAGAUUGAGCUUGUUAUGCAGACAACAAAGUCUGGCACUCAUGAUUCAGAAUCUUGUUUGAAAGCAGGAACGUGCCUCCCCUUAGGUGGAUAUAGUGUUUGGUCGUCUCUUCCUCCCAAUAGUGAGUCAUCCGCGGAUAUAACCAAGCCUAUUAUACUGGCAAUUGCGUCUAUGGAUUCUGCUUCUUUUUUCCGUGACAAAAGCCUCGGUGCAGAUUCACCAUUAUCUGGAUUGGUUGCUCUACUUGCAGCUGCUGAUGCUCUUUCGCGUUCAGAUUAUUCAAAGAGCUUUAAGAAGCAGCUUGUUUUCCUGGUUCUUACUGGAGAGGCCUGGGGUUUCCUUGGUAGCCGCAGAUUCUUACAUGAACUUGACUUGCAAUCAGAGGUUGUCGCAGGUCUCAAUAGCACAUUGAUCGAAACGGUUUUGGAGAUUGGGUCCGUUGGAAAGGGGUUAAAUGGUGGAGUGAAGAGUUUUUUCGUCCAUUCAUCCAGCGGAACCAUGGUGACAAAUGAGAUAUUUGAUGCUUUGCGACAUGCACAAGUUUCACUGGAAUCACAUGACGUCAAAAUUUCCGCAGCAAAUAUUUUGAAUCCGGGAGUUCCUCCUUCUUCUAUGAUGUCAUUUCUGAAUAAGAAUUCUCAAAUAUCUGGUGUCAUCUUAGAAGAUUUUGAUGCCACGUUUGAAAAUGAAUUUUAUCACAGUCACCUUGAUGAUAUCUCAAACAUAAACUCCACAUCCGUUGUAGCUGCUGCUUCUCUUGUUGCCCGUUCUCUCUACAUUCUUGCCACUGACAUGAAGGACUCUGAUAUCUCAGAUCUGGAUGUUAUCCAUGCAAAUGCCUCUUUGAUAGAAGAACUUUUGGAUUGUCUAUUGAAAUGUGAUCCUGGUUUGACUUGUGGGCUGGUGAAGGGUUAUAUAUUGCCAACGGAUACCUGCCCCAGCAGUUAUGUUGGAGUUAUGGUGACAGAUCCUUCAUCUCCUCCAUACCGUGGAUAUUCCAGCGAUAUAUCGAGGUUUAUUUGGAACUUCUUAGCUGAGAAGACGGCUACAAAGAUGGAGAACACCAGUUUGAGUUGUCAACAAGGUUGUAGCAGUCAAAAUGAAUUGUGCAUUAAAGCAGAGACUGACGAGAAAGGUGUCUGUGUUAGAUCCACCACCAGGUACGUACCUGCAUUUUCAACCCGUCUUCAGUAUGAGUCUGGAUCGUGGAAGUUACUGCCUGUGAAUUCUUCAGAUCCUAUGAGCAUGGCGGACCCUGUUUGGACUGAGAGCAAUUGGGAUGUCAUUGGACUUCGAGUAUAUACACGUCAAGAUUCAGCAUAUGACCACCUUAUCUUGCUGGCGGGUGUAGGUAUUACUGGCUUCUCUUAUCUUGCCAUUGAAAUCAUCAAGUCAAUCGUGACUAAAACUUUGAAGAGAGAUUAGGCUGAAAGGGAGACUUUUGCUUGUAUAUCUGAAAUUUAUAUGAAGUGUGGAAUAUGGAUUCUUAAAUAUGAGCUACUCUUGUGACAUGGCCUUCUGAAGCUGCAUUAACACAUACUCUGUAGGUAGUGAAAGUGCAAUUUCUGAAUAUAAGUUUCAAUUUGAACAGUUCCUCCGGAUGAUAAUGAGUACAAUUUUGUAUUAUUUUAUUGCAAAAGUGAAGUCAGCAUGUGCUCUGACAUUUCUCCAAAAGAUAUACAACUCGUCCGAAUCUGGAUGUUUCUCGGCA